UAUAAAUUAUAUUUAACAUCUGAGAGAUCUUUAUAAGUAAUCUUUGAAAAUGGAUUAAUGAAAAUAGAAAAUAUAACAAUUAUAAAGCUUAACAAUUUGUUAUAUUAUAAACGCUGGAUUAUGUUAUGAAUCAAAGAUCAAAAUACUUCUUAGCAAAAUUUAACGAAAAAAAUUGUUUAUUUGAACUGCCAUUAAUGUAACCGGAUUAUAGAAAUUAUGAUAACACAAUAAAAAAAAUAUUGCUGCGUCAUGAAUUUAGAACUGCCCGAUCCAGUCGGAUCGGUAGCAGAUACAAUAACUGUUCAUCCACAUUCACAACCGAAUAGCAAUAACCAAAACUUCUACAGUAAUACAAAAUUUAUAAGUUAUGUAGAUCAGUUACUUACAACUAGAAGUCGACCAACAUCAACAACAGCAUCUACUGCUGAUGUAUUAUUAAAUUCAUUAUGGCCAUCGACACGCCAUUAUUCAAGUUCAUCAAUCAUUCAAUCCACAAUAAAGGAUACAGCAUUAAUAGAUGCAACUCCACCGUCUAGUGUCGCUACUACAACUUCUGCGAAUAUCGUUGACGAAGAUAAUAGCUUUUUAGAAAAUAGUCAAAUAUUAAAUAAUUUGUUAACAGAUGAUAAUGUAUGGUGGACAAAUGCAAUAGAAGAAGAUACAUUUAAUUCACCGUUGGCAUUUGAUGCUAGUGAAAAUGGUUUAUGGAAUGGACGAUUUGUUCCACCACCACCAAGACCGCCUUUUUUAGAUGACGAUGUAGUGUCAGACGGUUUAACUACCUGUGAUUUAUGUACUUGGGCAUGGCAACGAAAUGCUUAUUCUUUAGAUGCUUCUGUUGAAACAACAGGCGAGUUAGGAUGGGCGUUUACUUUAAUUAUAGUUUCAAUCAUAUCAGCUCUUAUAGGUGCUAUAGUAAUGGUAAUAGUCCUUAGGUGUAGAAGAAUAAAAUCAUCAAAUGGUAAUGCAGGGCGACCUCUACCUUGGUGGUAUCGUAAUAAUCGAGGUCACAAUGGUCGUUCAUCAAUGUCGGCCAAACACACAGGAGAUAGCAUACGAAGGCCCACAAGUAAUUCCGGUGUGUGGACAUGGUUAAGCAAUCGAAGAUCUUCUGCUAGUCCUGAUCAAAUUGGACCACCGUCAUCAUCACCAGCGGAAAAUCAUUAUACUCAUAUGGAAGACGCCUAUAGUCCUGUAGGUGUUGGUGAAGCUUUGUAUGCAGAAUUAGAUCGAGAAUCUGUUCGGUCAGGGAAUCCAUCAUAUCAAAACACUGCAUAUAGUCAAUGUGGAGAGAAAUAUUUAUUUCAACAUCAUGAUCAAGACAUUCCAAUGGUUUCCUCGGCUCCAAGUAGUGCCUAUUAUUCAGAUUUAUCUGUAACAGCAUUACCAAGUGGCGCUAGUAAUGAACGUGCUUAUGAGGUAGUUGGUUUAACUGUAAUGUCAGCACCAUUACAUCAUCACUGGAACGAUGGAUCAGGUGAUUCGAGUGGUAGUAGUGCUACAGGUUUAUCAGCUACAAGAAGAGCAGCUAGAUUAGCUGCAAUAAAUGAAAGUACGACAGCUGUACCAUCUGAUUACGUCUAGUAUUUAAAAUACAAAAUUAAUUAAAGACUCAAAUAUAUACAUAAUAUAAUGUAAUUGCAUACAUAUGUAAAUAGUUAUGUAUAAUGUAAACGUUAAAAAAUUAAUAAUGUAAAUCUAUAAUAAUUAGAAUGUUGACAUUUAAAAUAUAAAGAGAUUUCUGGGUAUCAGAUUAUUUAAUCCAUUCAUAUUUAUGUUCACAUUUUAACGAACACUGUAAAAAAAGUUAAACGAAACUUAAAAAUGCUUGUAAUAAUUUAUACAAGGAAAACAUUAUGUGCUUAUUUAAUUUUCUAUAACAAAUUAAUUUGCAUUUAUAAUUUUGAUUAAAGGACCUCUACUAUUUUUAUUUAAAAAAAAGAAGAGAUAAACGGUUCAAAGUUCAGUUUUAUAAUUUCCUAUUUAACUUUAAAGCUUGUAAAUAAUUAUUAUAUUGCAUGAUAGGUACGUUUUGUGUUCUACCAAUUUUAUUGAAGCGUCAAUAAUUGUUUCUUAUUUGAUGUAAUAUAAUUUUUUUGCUCUUAUUUCAUUAGUUUCUAUAUCGCCCAAAAUUUCAUUAUUUAAUAAAAAAUUGUAGCAUAAUGUUUUCUAAAACCAAAAUUGAAAUCACAGUGUCGUGUCAAACCAAUUGUAAAACUUAAAAUAGAAAUUUAAUAAAAAUACUGAUUAAGAAUCUUAGAAAGUUAUAAUGUUUUGGUGAUAUCCAGAUAUAUAAAUGCAUAUUAUGUAAAAUGUAUAAAGGUAUUUCAACAUGUUAUCUAUAUGUACAUCGAAGAGAUCAAGGAAUUCACAAGAAUUAAAUUAAAAAUUUCAAAAUUUUUUAAAAUUCACAAAUAUAUAUUAUGAUAGUUAAAUUAUUCUAAAAUAUUUUUAGUACAAAACAAAAAUUUAGUCAAUAAAAAUUCUUGAGAAGAAGGUUUCUGAAAAUUAAUUUGUUUAUUAAAUUACAAAUCGAGAAAACACGAAUUUAAUAAACUUAGGUCUCAUAAUGUAUGUAUGCUUGUAACGAUAAUUAUGCAUGAAUAUACAUAUAGGUGUAAUAAAUAAUGUAAAAUGCGCUUUGAAUUAUGUUGCAAUAAUUAUUCUUUUCAAUAUUAUCAUAUAAAACAGCAUUGAAGUAAAAUGUCGAAUAUCGUAUUAAAUAAUUUGUUGCUAAAGCAGUUGCCAACCGGUUGUGUGCAAAAGUUCUCUACGAUAGUUGAUAUGCAAACAUUAUUUUGGCAUUAUUGUUAAUUGCCGCUUUGGUGACCGUCAGAUGCAAUUGUAGUCGACCGGCAUUUGACAUUAUCAGUUACACCUUGUUUUCAACUUACAUACAUAUGUAAGUUAUAUAUGUAUAUGUAUGUACUUAUAUGUAAGCCUAUAUUCAAAUUUAAAAAUAACUUAAUGGGAUAAUUUUUUAAGCAUAAAAAAACGAAAAAUAAUAUUUAAAAAAAAAAAUAAAAAAUGAAUGGAAAAGUGUAACAUUGUAUUUAUAUUAAAUCAAAUAAUGUUGUUGAACCGAAAAGAAAAAUAUUUAUUAAGAUUUAAAUAGUUUUAAUAUUAAGAUUAUAAAAAAUAGUAUUAUGCAAAAAAAAAAAAAAUGUAUAAAAUAUUAUGAAAAUUUAUCGCCUAUUUUUUUAGGAAAAUAUUUAAAAUCAACGAAUA